AUUCGCCGGCGACAGCCCUGCAAGGGGAGGGCGACGUGAGGGGGCCUGACCGGGGCUCGGCGCAGGUGCAGUGGGCGCGGGUCCUGCCGGGCGCAGGCGUAGUGAGUGCAAGCGGCGGCAGCCAUGGACGACGAGGAGGAGACGUACCGGCUGUGGAAGAUCCGCAAGACCAUCAUGCAGCUGUGCCACGAUCGUGGCUACCUGGUGACCCAGGACGAGCUGGACCAGACGCUGGAGGAGUUCAAGGCCCAGUUUGGGGACAAGCCCAGUGAAGGGCGGCCUCGGCGCACAGACCUCACGGUGCUGGUGGCCCACAACGACGACCCCACUGACCAGAUGUUCGUCUUCUUCCCAGAGGAGCCCAAGGUGGGCAUCAAGACCAUCAAGGUGUACUGCCAGCGGAUGCAGGAGGAGAACAUCACGCGGGCCCUCAUCGUGGUACAGCAGGGCAUGACGCCCUCCGCCAAGCAGUCGCUGGUCGACAUGGCCCCCAAGUACGUCCUGGAGCAGUUUCUGCAGCAGGAGCUGCUCAUCAACAUCACGGAGCAUGAGCUGGUCCCAGAGCACGUUGUCAUGACCAAGGAGGAGGUGACGGAGUUGCUGGCCCGGUAUAAACUCCGAGAGAACCAGCUGCCCAGGAUCCAGGCGGGAGACCCCGUGGCACGUUACUUUGGGAUAAAGCGAGGGCAGGUGGUGAAGAUCAUCCGGCCCAGCGAGACCGCAGGCAGGUACAUCACCUACCGGCUGGUACAGUAGCAGCCCGACGGACAGAUGAGGCGAGAGGGCGCCGAGGGCCUGGUGUGGGCGGCCGUCCCAGCCCUGUGAGUGAGCCCCGCCUGUUACGUGCUCUGGAGGGAGCUCACUGCUGGCCGCCCCCUCUCUCUCGGCAAGUCCCUCGGGGGACGGAAAGGUGGGCUGUGACGACCCACCAGGCCGGGAGCGUGGUGGCCGGCUGCCCGGGGGCGUCCGCUCCUCCUGGGAACCUCGCCUCUGCUCCCCUGGGCCCCAGGGUGGCCCGCCUUGGGCCUGCCUUUCCUGGCCUGAGGGUCCCUGUGGCCUCUCCUGGGCUCCUGGACGCUGAGCCCCACCCUGGGUCCCACCGGACGGUGCCUUGGGAGGGGCCAGGAUACUGCAGGGCGGCCCCCAGCUCCUCCCGGCCUUCCCGCCGUGUCCCCCCACGGUGGCCCCGAUACUGCCUGUCUGGGCGCUCCGAGGGCAGCGGGGAGUGAGACCGAUUGCUACGGAAUGCUGCGUGUCUUACAGAAUUAAACAUAUCUUGAGUAAAUAAGCUAAAUUCUCUGAAAGACCAAGGUGGAAUGUCUACCCGGUUUGCUGUGAGCAGCCUUGCUCGGGCUUCUGGCCCCUCAACGGGGUCUCGGCCCACUUCCCCCUGGUGGAGCUGUGAGGGAGGGGCUCCAGUGCCGCCUUCAGCUUUGCUUCUUGGUGCUUUUCUUGCAUAGAAGUUUGGAUCAAAGUACCCCCUCUCCCCUCUACUAAUUUCAGAGGCCUCCUACCCAGGCUAAGCUCAGUUGUCUGUGUUUUUGUUUAAUAGCUUCAUUGAAGUAGGAUUUACAUAGCAUAGGGUCCACCCAUUUAAAGUGUACGGUUCUGUGAUUCUUAGUGUGUGCACAAUCGGGCACCCGUCGCCACAGUCAAGUUUGGAACAUUCCACCCUCCUAAAAAGAAAGC